CUCGAAUCUUUCUGAAACUAAUAUAAAGAAAAGAAGUUGGUGAAGAAGACCAAACCGACUUGAAAACCUUCAAAAAGAGCGUACUCCGUUCAAAAAGGCCGGCAUCGAAUUUGUGAUACUCCUAGUAUUGCAGCACAUCGCUAUCUUAGAUGUAGAUGAGAAAGGUGGAAAAACGCUGGAAUCGGACGUGGUGACAAAGUACGGAAAAGGAAUAGUAGAAUUUUACAAGUGUGACGUCACUACAGAUGAUCUGAAAACAGCGUUCGAUAAAGUGAUCCAUAAUUUUGGAUACAUAGACGGCGUUAUCAACUGUGCUGGCAUUUUUAACGAUAGCCCAAAAGCGUACGCUAAUGCUAUUGCCGUAAAUGUGACGGCCCUUAUAACCAGUUCUUUGAUAGCUUAUGAGCUGAUGCGUAAAGACCGUGCUGGCAAAGGAGGUACUAUCAUCAACAUAUCAGCUAUGGCAGCGUUGGUGAGGAUCCCAUUCGUUCCGAUCUACAGUGCUACUAAAAGCGCUGUUUUACACUUCAGUAAUUCUCUUGGGAUGGAACCGACUUACUCUAGAACUGGAGUUCGAGUGCUGACUGUGUGCUUCGGAUUUACGGACACGACAAUUUUGCACAGUAACAAAUUUGGGUUGUUCGAACCUGAACAGAAGAAAUUUUUGAUGGAACAUCUCAAAGAGGCUAGAAUGCAGAAGGUCGAUUCCGCAGCCCGUGGGAUGUUGGAAGUGUUCAAGAAAGGCGAAAGUGCUUCCACGUGGUUGAUAGAUGCUGACAAACCAGCUGAGGAUAUCACUUCUUCCGUGAACGAAGCAUAUAAAAUAUUGAGCCGUCAUUUUACAGAUGCAUAAAAUUGAAAAUACCACGAAAAUAUGCUACAUUACUGUGGUUAAAGCCUACCACAUUGUUAGCGAAGAUGUUUUGUUUAUUAUAACUUAUUAA